AUGUCGAGCAGCGCAUUCCCUCACGACACUCGAAAUGGCAAUCUCGCCGCUCCACGAGACUCUCUAGAGCUCGCCUCUCUCGCUUCCUCCUCGCCGGUCUCUGUUGCCGGCUCCUCACGGUCGUCCUCCCCCGAUGGUAUCUCGUCCUCGCGCAAGCUCUCACUCGAGGAUGAGGAUCCUCUAGGACACUCUCACGAUGAUGGCUAUCUUGAAACUGGGCAUCAACGGCCUCUCCGAUCCUACUCGAUCUCCUCCGCAUUCGAUUUCGGCCGGAACCUGUUUCCGCUAUCACAAACCCAGGCUGGCUACGCUCCCCUGGGGACCCCGUCAGGACUGGAUCGGGAAAGACUGGAUGGGUCCUUGGAACGAAACAAGACGUUGACAUAUUUGAAUGGUCUCUCAUUAAUCGUGGGUCUGAUCAUUGGCUCGGGCAUCUUCUCGUCUCCAAGCCAAGUGAAUGCGAAUGCGGGGUCACCAGGUGCCUCGCUCAUUGUCUGGGCUGUAGCCGGUUUGCUGGCCUGGACAGGCGCAGCUAGCUAUGCGGAACUCGGCGGCGCGAUCCCCUUGAACGGCGGCGCGCAGGUCUAUCUGUCGAAGAUCUUCGGGGAACUAUCGGGUUUUCUCUUCACAUGGUGCGCGGUCCUCGUCCUGAAACCGGGAUCUGCGGCGAUCAUCUCGAUUAUCUUUGGGGAAUAUGUCGUGCGUGCAUUUGUAGGCGCGGACAUGGAACAAAUCAAUCCGUGGAUUAACAAGGGAGUCGCACUGGGGGGUCUUUUCGCAGUGACGCUUUUCAACUGCAUCUCGACCAAGAUGGCUACCCGCAUUGGAGACCUGCUCAUGUUUUUCAAAUUCAUCGCUUUGCUAGGCGUUACUGUGACUGGUAUCGUGGUCGCCGUGACCGGCAUUUCCUCGAAAGGAAGUGCCAAUGACGAAUGGAAGACCCAUGGCUGGUUUGAGGGAACCAACACUGAAAUAUCCGACUUCGCGGUGGCGCUGUAUGCGGGGCUCUGGGCUUUUGAUGGCUGGGAUAAUACGAACUAUGUCACGGGCGAGUUCAAGAACCCAAGCCGCGACCUGCCGCGUGUGAUCCAUACUGGCAUGCCGUUGGUCAUUUUGUCCUACUUGAUGGCCAAUGUUUCGUACUUCCUGGUACUACCUCACUCUACCAUCGAAGCUAGCAACACUGUCGCCGUCCAAUUCGGCGGGAAAGUGUUUGGCCCCGUCGGCGCUCUAAUCCUCGCCCUGGUCGUGUCAGCCAGCUGCUUUGGCGCCCUUAAUGCAACAACUUUCACCAGUGGCCGUCUCGUCUAUGCAGCCGGCAAAGAAGGGUACCUUCCAUCUUUAUUCGGGACUCUUGGUUUCCGUGGCUCUUCCGCAUCCCCUCCUCCUGCAGGCAGCCGCCUUCGCCGUGCCUCAUGGGCUCGACGGUCUCUUUCGCGCGUCUUUGGCGACGCAUCUCAACUUGGAUAUACUCCAAUCAAUGCCAUGGCUUUCAAUGCGGCGCUAACAGCCGUUUAUAUCGGCGUUGGUGAAUUCAAAACUUUGGUCACAUUCUAUGGCGUGGCUGGUUAUACCUUUUACUUCCUUACUGUGCUUGGCCUGAUCGUCCUACGCAUUCGCGAACCUCGCCUUGAGCGUCCCUACCGCACUUGGAUCACUACCCCAAUCAUCUUCUGCUGCGUCAGCCUGUUCCUCCUGAGUCGUGCUGUGAUUGCCGAGCCCCUCCAGACCCUGAUUGUGGUUGGGUUCAUCAUCACCGGCGUGCCGGUAUACUACUGGCGCAUCUAUCAACGCGAUGGCUGGACCGGCCUCCCGAGCUUGAAAUUUUGGAACUAG